GGGCAGACUCAGAGCCGAGCACCCGGCGGCGCGGCGGCCGAGAACUUGGCAGCCUGCGCUCUCCAUGAAGCGGCCCAGGGAGCAGAGUAGCUCGGACGGUGAGUCCGACGGAGCCAUCGACUUGGGCAGCGAAGGCGACCUGAGCCAGAUGGCCAGGCCGCUGUCCACCCCCAGCCCUGCGCAGAUGCAAGCCAGGAAGAAACGCAGAGGGAUCAUAGAGAAAAGGCGCCGAGACCGCAUCAACAGCAGCCUUUCUGAACUGCGGCACUUGGUGCCCACUGCCUUUGAGAAACAGGGCUCUUCCAAGCUGGAGAAAGCAGAGGUCUUGCAGAUGACAGUGGAUCACUUGAAAAUGCUCCAUGCCACCGGCGGGACAGGAUUCUUUGACGCCAGAGCCCUCGCGGUUGACUUCCGGAGCAUUGGUUUCCGGGAGUGCCUCACGGAGGUCGUCAGGUACCUGGGGGUCCUGGAAGGGCCCGGCAGCCGUGCAGACCCUGUCCGGAUUCGCCUUCUCUCCCACCUCAACAGCUAUGCGGCUGAGAUGGAGCCUUCGCCCAUAUCCACCAGCCCCCUGGCAGCCUUGCCUGCGUGGCCCUGGUCCUUCUUCCACAGCUGCCCAGGGCUGCCAGCCCUGAACAGCCAGCUUGCCAUUCUGGGCAGAGUGCCCAGCCCUGUGGUCCCCAGCACCUCCUCUCUCGCUUACCCCGUCCCAGGCCUCCGAACCACACCCAUGCGCAGAGCCUCUGGCACCACCCUUCCAGAACGGAGGGGUCUGCUGCCCAGUCAGGGGGCAUCUUCCAUCCAGAGGGCUGGUCCUCUGGAAAGGCCAGCUGCCUCCCUCCCUGUGGCCUCCAGCAGCAGGGCUUCCAGGAGCAGCCACCUCAUUCCCCUCCUGCGGUCUCCCUCCCCUAGGCCCCCUGGUGCUGUGGGGUCUGCGGCUAACGUGGCCAUUCCCGUCUCCAGGGCAUCUUCUUUGGCGCCAGCUGGGAGGCCUUCCGGGGCUGUGCUCUGCCGCUCCUGGACCUCUGAAAUCACUGAAAUUGGUGCUUUCUGAGAUGCUCCCCCACCCCCACAUCCCCCAGAAGCAAGGAGGCUCUAAAAAAUGGCACUGCCUUUUCUGCUUUUGCUCCCCAGACAGGCGCUUCUGUGAAGGCCCCUUCUUCACCUGUCAGAGUCCCCUCCCUCCUCCUCUCUGUCAGUCCAGUCUGUUUAUCUGGCUCCUCUGCCCUGGAGCUGUUCCGAUCUCAGAGGUUUGGUCCCAUUUCUCACCUGUGCCGUGAGUCAUGGUGUCUCAGGAGUCCCUAAGAGCUGUGCCCAGGACCCCUCUUCUAUCCAGUAUACAUGGCUCUUGGGUCUGAGGUCAAAGCUUUAGCAAAAAGGAUGCCUUGGCUGGAGGCAGGCUGCCUCAUAUCCUGGAAACAGUAAGUGAGCAGAGGCCACCAACAGGUUUCUUGGCACCCUGCCUGGCUGUGCCCGCCUGCCUUUGGCCACCUCACUCUCCACGGCAGCCAAUGCCUGGAUGCUGGGGGCUCAGCAGGAGCUGCUGCUGCUUUCCUGGUGCAGACAUCCACCCUCCUGCAGCCCAGCAGGCCCCAGACCUAGGCUGGCUUGACCAGUGAGGCCAGGAGGUUUCUAUGUGACAGGAUGUCUGUCAUGACCGCCAGGCCACACAGCACUGCCGGGAAGGAGCCAGAGAUGGACGGACAAGCGAGCACUUAGCUCCCUGGCACUGGUGGUCACCACCCUCCCUGUGUGUGGUCCCACCCCGUAGGGUGCACAGUGCAGAGCACCACAGCCCACGUGGGCAUCCUCUUGGGAUUCAGAACCAGACGCUCGAGCUGACUGUUUUGCGUCAGCUUGCAGAGCCCAGACUGUUGCCACAGCCAAGGGCUGUCGUGCUGGACAAAAAUAACUGUGAGGAGGGGAAGAAGGAAGAACAAUCAGAGGUGGCUAGGCCCUUCAAGGUCACUCUGAGGGUCAAGGGCCUGCGAUCCUGUUCACCCAGAGUCUGCACGCUGGCUUUGCUCAGAGGCUGUUUCAUUCAGCAGCUCUGCCUUAGGCCAUUUUCCUCUAAAGGAGGGACAAAGGGCCUGGUGUCCAUUCCCAGUGCAACAGCAGAGACUGGAGUGGCAUUCGGUGUUACCACAUUAGUUGACAAAGUGCAGACAUUUCUGUACUCACUGGGGAAGACCCCCACCCGCCCUAUGCUUCUGAGUGUCCCGGGCACUGGGCAUCUUCCCCGGGACCACCACCAUCCGGUUAAUGCCCAGUGGACCCAAGGCUUUGGAUUCCCAAGCUGACCACUUAUUAGUGCUCAUGUCACACUGGUUAUUAAAUACUCUCCAUGUCCCUGACCCAAGGCUCUCCGAAACCAGCCUUUGAUGGGAUCCGCCCUCCUCAGGCUACAGUAAGGAGGCUCUGUGUGCACAAAAGUAGUUUACAAAACCCUGGAGCAACGGGCCCUUUCAAAGAAGUGGGGCAGAGGGCAGAGGUUAUUUGAGUGAUCCAGAAAGCUCUUUUGAAAAGCAAGUUGCUCAGGAAGGGCUAAAGAGGUAAGUAAGCAACUCCUUUCAUUUCUUAGCGAGGAGAGCCUGCUUGAUCAGUCUGCUGUCCUGUGGAACGAUCUGAGUUGGGUGACAGCAAGACAAGCGGGCCUUGCUGCAGAGAGCGGGUUAUGGCAGGUGCUGCCCCUGAGGGGGGAGAGAGAAUAGGGGGAGCACAGUCACAUAGGCUACCAGGAGUUGGGAGAGGGGACAGAGGAAAUGACAAAAGGCAAAGACCAGUCUCACCUGUCUCAGGGAAGAGCACAUUCAAGACAGGAAGAGGAACCCCCGCCCCUCCUCCCCACCCUGAAUCUCCCUCUCCUCCUAUUCCUUGCUCUCCAGCUGGUCCCUGGAUCCCAGGGUGCCCUAAGGUCCUACAGCUUGGUGACCUCCUGGCCUGAGAGCCCAGCCAGGCUGUGGGAGACACAUUUCCAUGCUGUGGGUACCCAAUGCUGAAACAGUCUGCUGACAUCACUGAAAAGAGUCGGAAGUGGCUCAGCGCUUUCAGUGUUUGGUUGUUCCCCGGUUUGUUCCCCUGAGAACUUGUCGGAAAAGUGACUGUGUGUUUGUUCCCACAGAUGGGAACUUGGGUCCUCAGUCUCUGUUCUCAAGCCUCCCUGGUACCCUGACUCCACCCACCCCACCACAGGGGUGUUACAGCCAAUAAAGAUUUAGUUCUACUGGAGACCUCCGGUAGAUUCUACUUAAAAAAAAAUCUCAGGAGUCCAUCGACUUGCAAGUCCACAGCCACCAUACUGACCUGGCCACGUUUCUUCCCCAGGCCACUGUCCCAGCUUCCACAGGAUCUCCUAGCCUCACCUCUUGCUUUGUCAUCUGUUUUUAACAGAUUCAGCGAACCUGAAUCAUGUGGAUCACAUCAUAUCCACGAUUCCCUAAAACUCUUCCUCUCUUUAUUCUAGAGAUAGAAUCCUAGGUCUUCCUCUUUUGCUCCAACCCUAGUUCGCGCCUCAUUUCCCUCUAGACCCAAACUUGUACUGCCACUUCUGCCCCCCAGCUUGUCUUUAUUUCCUCAGCAUUCCUACCUUGCUCCUUCUAAUAGCACCUCAAGCAUGCUGUUCCCUUCACCCAGAAUGCCGUUCUCUAUCCUAGACGUGGCUAGGGUCUUGGAACCCUCAGGCCUUGGCUUCAGUGCCACCUCCUUACGGCCUUCCCUGACUACUACGCUUGAAUAGUUAAUCAAACUCAAAGGGCCCCAUUGCUCCCUUUCCUUCUUGGGGUGUUGAGGACUAGGCUACAUAACUCAGAUCUCAGUCCUGAGGUGGGUGCUGUCUUGCCUCGGGCACAAGGAAGUAUGUGGAAGGCCACGUGCCCUCUGGCUAUGGGUAGAAUGCAGAUAACCUGGCACUCCUGAGGCGAGACAGCAUCCGCUGAGGUCAGCAGUCAAUACACAGGCAUUUUCUUAUAGAGAAAAUCUGGUUCCUCAUCAACUUAAUCCUUAUCCACCUAUUCUCUAUAGCUGCUGUCCCAUGAGACUCGUGCUACCCCCUCCUACUGCGCUUCUCACUGGCUAAUAAAAGCGGGCCAAUGCAGUUUUAUUUGAGUCUGUCCACUAGAGGCAGGUCUCCUCCCAGUCUCCCCUUUAUAUCUUGAAAAUUGUGUCUCUCUCUCUUUGCCUCAUGAUUCUCCCCAAGAGGUAGCUGAGGGUCUGAUCGGCCUUUGGUAUCGGGGAGUUUGUCACUAUAUACACACUUGUGUAUUUGUUCACUGGCUAACUGCCCCCACCCACUGCAACACAAGCUCUGUGAGGCUGGGGACCGUGCCUGGUCCACUUUUCACUCUGUACCCAGCACCAAACACGGUGCCAGGAUUAUUAUCAUCAGUGUCCGGUGAAUCUUUGUUGAAUAAAUGAACUGAAGA